GACCGAACAGACUGAUGAUCAUUGAAACAAAAUUGUCAUCAGCUGAUAAGGAAAAUAAAUAGCGAAACUUCAUAUUUUCUGGUGGAAACCGAAAAAAGCACGAAAACAUCGUAAUUCAUAAUAAAAAAGUUUGAAAAUGCCAAUCGGUGGUUCCGGUUCAGUUGGCCAGCACUCAGACGACGACGAUGACUUCUUCAAGCCCACACCAAACUCAACGCUGGCUAAAAUUUUCGGUAUUGCUAAGCCAUCGACCAACACCAUCAAACGAAAGGAAGAACCGAACCCUAGGCCGGAUGUUGCGAAGGAAAGAGGAACUGUUUCUUCUGCUUCCAAAAUAUCCGAUCGCUACGGUUCCUCUUCAUUCCGGUAUGUUCCACCUUCGGCCACUCAGCAGAAUGAAAGUGACAAGAUUCGAGAGACGAAAACAUCUCAGGAAAAGACUAAUAAUCCCGAAUGGAUCGUGGCCUUGGCCAGCGUAGUAACAGCGUACAAAUUGAUCGACAACAACAAUAAGGGACUUGGAAAACUUGGGUUGGCGUUACUCAAAUUGGAUACUGCGUUAAAGAUUAUUCUUUAUAGAACAAAAACGGAUGCACUGGCCACACUAAAUGUAACUCCAACAACGGAAAUCUAUGUAAAGAGCGAAUAUUUACAAUUUAGAACUGAUGAUGAAAGUUUCUGGAGCGUCCUGUUUGAUAAAAGCGUAGAAAAAGAACAAAUUUUGACCAUACUGGGAAAGGUUUGUUUGAUACAUUUGGAAACAACUGAGCCGCCUGAGCCUAAACCUCCAGUACCUGCAGCUCGAAGCUUUCCUAUUGUAGAGGAGCCUGAAUCAGAGGUAGAAACAAGCAACAAACAUCGUUUAAUUUCGAGAAUGGCACGAAUGGGCCAAUCCAUUCUUCCUCAAUCAGAUAAAACUAGCAGCGUAAAUGAGGUCAGCGAUUCAUCCGAUACAGAUGUAGCACGGAUAGAAACCAUUCCACGACAUCAUCGACGCAGUGGAAGCGGUGGAAAAAUUCAUCCUGUAGCCAUUGGAAUGCAAAUGGUGCCGUCCUCACAGGCAGCUGCAGCAUUUUCUUCGGCUAUCGCUGGACAAAGCAUGAUGCAAACGGCCACCGAUGUGAAUUUUAAUUUGUUCAUGACCGAAUCGCGCAUGCAAGGAACUGAAGUUCGAAUGAACUUAUCGAAGCUCGAAACCAAACUGGAUCGAAUGCUAGACAAAAUAGAGCUCAUUAAUAUAAACAAUGGAUCAGAUGCAAGGUCGAACAUUGACAAAGAUGAAGAUAUUCUGCAAUUAGAAGAAAAAAAUCUUGAGCUGAAGAAAGAAAAUCAUGUGUUGAAAAAUAAAGUUAAAAAUUUAGAAUCAAAAACCAGUUCUGCCGAAGAAUUUACUUCGUUGAAAGAUAAUUUGGCAGCAUCAGAGAGACAAUGUAAUUUCUAUUCCAAAGAAAUUGAACAAUUACAGCAAGAUUUGCAUCUCAGUAAUGUCGAAAAUGACAAAAACUUGAAACAAAUUGAAAACUUAUCUAAUGAAAUAACUGCUAAAAAUUCGAUCAUUUCCGAAAAAACUGAGGAAUUAAAGGUUUUGAAUGAAAAAUUACAAAUUAUGAUAACGGAGCAGGAUUCCAUGAGGCAAAACAAUGCACUACUUGUAAAACAAGUAGAAAACUUGGAAAAGAGUAUUGCGAGCUUAGAAGACCAGAUUCAAAAGCAAUCGCCCCAAAAAGGAAAACAAGAUUUUGAUAUGAUGAUCAAAGAAAUAAUGAAUAACUGUUUUCAAAAGCUGUGUGAUAAAUUAGAAGAUAAAAACACCUUGCGAGUGAUAGGGCAAACCUUGAAGCAAGAAACUAAAGCAGUGCUAGAUCGGAAUUUGAAUCAAUAGACAACACUAUUCUCAGUUAAAUAAUCUUUUAAUGCAUUGAUAAAAGAACUGACCAAAAGUCCAAGCGAUUUUUAAACAGUAAUUUAAUUGUUCACAAGCUAGUUCAUUCACUUUCCCUCAAAAUUCCAAUUUUUUAUUUAGUGUCUCUGCAUCCUCGAUGUUUGCAGCAAUGGCGCAAAACUUAAAAAUAAAGCCUAUAUAGUCCACACUAGGCAACUUGGACUGCGAUUUCGGUUGCUGAGACUUGUUUAUGUUUACAUUUGCAUCUCGUCUCGUCUCAAGUCUCCCAACAAAUAUGGGAGACAUUCAGCAACCAAGAUGUAAACUUAAACAAGUCUCAGCAACCGAAAUCGCCAAGUCCAAGUUGCCUAGUGUGGACUAGGCUUAAGAAAACUUGCGACUCUGUCUAAAAAGUGAAUCUUGACCACACGAAAAAAUAAAAUCUUACCAAAAAGCCUUUAUGUCAAAUGGCCUUUAAGCCACAUGGCAUUAUACAAAUGGCCAUUUGCCAAAUGAAAUAAUGCCAAACAUCAUACUUCCCAGUUUUGACCAUCUAUAUCGUGAUUAGUUAAUGCUACACUAUAUACUUUCUCAAACGUAGGAUUUUAGAAAUUUCUUAGUUUUUUUUAAUUUUAAGUACAAUUCUGUGUUGUGUACAGCUUUAAGUUAGUUCACUUAGUUACUGAUUCAAUAAAUAUUUCUAUGUUAUGUAUUACCUAUGUAGAAGAAUAAAGAGGAUCAAGCUGUGAC